AUGUCCUUCAAAUUCAAAGCAAGGUUUCUAUUCUACAUUGUAUGGGCUUCAGUUUUAAUCUCUCGCUCGGAAGCUAUACCGAAAGGAGUAAAUGGCGGUGUAUUUUGUCUGGGCUGUACCGCGAUCGUUAGCGUGAAUCAACAGCUAGCUGAGUACCACAACAUGAGUUUUGUCGAAUCGUUUCACAAACUUUGUUCCUACUUUCCGCCACCUUUAUCCGAUGGCUGUUUUAUACUUGGGAAAGUAUUCCUACCGAUGGUCAAACCGUAUCAACAUUCAUCUCCCGAUGUUAUUUGUCAAAAGAUCAAACAAUGCUAUACCGAGAAAGGUCAACCGGAAUGCAGAGCGUAUCCUAAACGUGACCAAGAUUCUACCAAGACCACCGCACGAGCCAAACGAUUUGCCUAUGAGAAGCUGCCGUUUCUCUUAUUUGAGGAAGCCGAAAGGUACGGUAAGCUGGGCUUUGACAUUUGUUCUCUUCCUGGUAUUAAGAAAAUCUGUCAGACGGUCGAAUACGUAUUUGGCAAGGAUAAACCGAUACUAGACGUGGAUGGCGAUCGGUUUAGCUCGUUCGAGUCCCUGCGAGGUUUUGCGUGGCGUGGAAAGGAUUGCAACGACUUUUUUAGCACGCACUAUCCGGGGAGGAAACCAAUAGAAGACGAUGUACUAUUUGAUUCGAAUUGCAAUGGGAUACAUGGGUUCAAUCUGCCAAAAUUACGUACAUGGGAAGAUUUAUUAUGCGGGAAGAGUUCCCCCCAGGGGACAAUCGCGUUGGGGGACUCGGUAACCGCUCACUUCAGAAUCCCUCCCGAGUGGCUGACCGCAACAGAAAUUACCGAACAUAUUUUUAAGGACCUGUGGUUCGUUUUAACCAACGAAUUUGACUGGCCGAUGAUGUCGGGCUUCACUGGUUUUUACAACAAAUCGGAUUGGCCGCAAAUUAUCUCUGGACCGGUAGACUCGAUUUACAAACACAUCGUGGAACGCAAUCUUUGCAAUCACAGAGAUUAUCAAAAUAUCGGUAAAAAUGGGGCGGACUCAUUCACAAUGAACGAUGUCCUUGUCGAAGCUCUAGCACGGAAUAACAAAACGGAUAGACCAGUGCUCCUGUUCUACUCUCUAGUCGGCAACGACGUCUGCAACAGCAAUCCACACGGUGGAAAUAUGACAACCGUUGAAGAAAUGAGAGCAAACGCUUUGAAAACUCUCGCGAGUUUGGACAACAUCCUCCCUAACGGUAGCCAUGUUGCGAUGAUUGGUUUGGCUGAUGGUAGAGUAUUGUUCGACGCAAUGCAUAACCGCAUCCAUCCCAUUGGAAUGUUACGCAAGGACGUCACCUACGCCCAACUGUACGAUUUCCUGAACUGCCUUCAAAUUUCCCCGUGCGCCGGUUGGUUGAAUACAAACGCAAGCGUGCGCAACGCCACGACGAAACGCGCAACCGCGCUGAGCGGCGUUCUUCAAGAUAUUGCAAAAACCCAAAAGUACAAAAACUUCGAUUUGGCUUUCAUCACAAACUUUAUUGAAAAAGCGAUAAAAAUUUGGAACGACAUGGGCGAGGGGCAUGAAACAUGGCAGCUUAUUGAACCGGUCGACGGCUUCCAUCCCGAUCAAAAUGCUUUGGCGCUCGCAGCUACAGUAUUGGUUAAAACAAUGGAAACAGAAGCACCCCAUUUCUUGGGGGACGUCAAUCCACACAAUGCGAUGAUCAAGAAGCUGUUUGGUGAUCAAGGGGGCUACAAGUAA